UUGACCGUAAUGUGCCCUAAAUCUAAAAUAUCCAUAUUUACUUCCAACACAAGUACUAUGACUUCGUCCAUGUUAAAUAUCUUAAUUCUAAAAUCUCAAUCACUUAACAAAAAUUCAAAAUUCCCAACAACUCCAAAACCAACUUCCUUAUCUUAUAAUUUCUCAUUUGAUUUCUUCCACAAAGACUAAAAAAUAAAAAAUCCCUAUAAAUCAAUCAUCAAUAAACUCUCCUCCAUUGCAUCACAAAUAAUAAUAUCAUGAGUUCAUCAAUGGCUUUUCCACCAUUGAUCCUUCUCCUAAUACUUCUCUCUCCGUCGCCUUCUCUCUCAUCGGACCCCGAUCCAUUACAGGACUUUGGCAUAGCCGAUUUACAAUCGGCUUCCUCGAUAAACGGCUUCCCAUGCAAGGCGGCCCCCAACGUAACCUCCGAAGACUUCUUCUUCAGCGGGCUCGCCCGAGGUGGCAACACAAACAACACCUUCGGAAGCAGUGUGGUCCAAGGCAACGUUCUUUCGUUCCCGGGGCUAAACACACUAGGCAUCUCUAUGAACCGGGUCGAUAUUGCCCCCGGGGGGAUUAAUCCUCCACACCUGCACCCCCGGGCUACAGAAUCAGGGGUGGUGGUGCGCGGUAAGCUUCUCGUGGGGAUGAUUACCUCGGGGAAUGUUUUCUACUCGAAGAAUUUGACCGAGGGUGAGAUGUUUGUGAUUCCGAGGGGAUUGGUGCACUUUCAGAUGAACGUUGGCAACGAGUCGGCGCUUAUUUUGACGGCUUUUAAUAGCCAUUUGCCGGGUGCCGUUGUUAUUCCGUUUACUUUGUUCGGAUCGAGGCCUUCGGUUCCCGAUGAGGUUCUUACGAAGGCUUUUCAGGUUGAUAAAAGUGUUGUUGAUGGAAUUAAAUCCAACUUUGGUGGUUAAUUAAUUCAUUAAUUAAUUUUGAUCAUUGUGUGAUUAUUUUAU